AUGGGGAGGUUCACCUAUAUAGAUCAUCAAGGUCUCCAAAAACACUCGGAAAGAUAUGGAGGUGACGGUGGUUCAGCUCAUAUGGUUACAUUUGUUGACGAUGAGCACCUCAUCGGGAUUAGUGGAACCGUGGGAAUAUAUGAACGCUACACUGUUAUUACGUCAUUGUCUUUCCUUACCAACAAAAAGAACUAUGGGCCAUACGGCACAAACCAGGGGACUAGCUUCUCAUUGCCGGUCGCUAAGGGUAGCUUUGGUGGAUUCAGCGGAAACUAUGGCGCAUACAUCGACUCUAUCAACGUCAUUCUUCAAUCAUCUUCUCUUGGGAAAAUAUUCAACAGAAACAUGGCAAGCAAUGGAAUACAUGUCGGACCAUGGGGAGGCAACGGUGGAGUUAAGCCUUGGACAUUCAUCCCCAAUGGUAGGAUUUCCCAAAUCCUUAUCAAUGCCUCUAGGUGUGUAGAUUCUAUCAGGUUCACCUACAUCGGACAUCAAGGUGUGCAAAAACAAUCGGAAAGAUAUGGAGGUGAUGGUGGUUCAGCUCAUACGAUUACAUUUGUUGACGAUGAGCACUUCAUCGGGAUUUCCGGAACUGUGGGAGUAUAUGAACACUACACUGUGAUUACUUCAUUGUGUUUCCUUACCAACAAAAAGAACUAUGGGCCAUACGGCACAAACCAAGGGACUAGUUUCUCGCUGCCGGUUGCUAAGGGUAGCUUUGGUGGAUUUAGCGGAAACUAUGGGGCAUACAUCGACUCUUUUAUUGUUAUUCUUCAAUCCUCUUCCUUUGGGAACAUAUUCACCUCAAACACGGUGUGUUCACUUGUUAGUUAUAUAUUAUUUUGGCUCUAUAUCCACGAGAGCAAUAGAAUACAUGUUGGACCAUGGGGAGGUAACGGUGGAGUUCAGCCCUGGACAUUCAUCCCCAACGGUAGGAUUUCCCAGAUCCGUAUCAGCGCCUCCGGGUGUGUAGAUUCUAUCAGAUUCACUUACAUAGAUAAUCAAGGUGUCCAAAAACAUUCCGAAAGAUAUGGAGGUGACGGUGGUUCAACUCAUAUUGUAUGUUACAUUUGUUGCGAUGAGCACUUCAUCGGGAUUACCGGAACUGUAGGAGUAUAUGAAGGCUACACUGUGAUUACGUCAUUAUCGUUCCUUACCAACAAAACAAACUAUGGGCCAUACGGCACAAACCAAGGGACUAGUUUCUCGCUGUCGGUCGCUAAGGGUAGAUUUGGUGGAUUCAGCGGAAACUAUGGAGCAUACAUCGACUCUUUCAGUGUCAUUCUUCAAUCAUCUUCCCCUGAGAACAUAUUCAAAUCAAACGUGGUAAGAAAUGAAAUACAUGUUGGACCAUGGGGAGAUUCUAUUAGGUUCACCUACAUAGAUCAUCAAGGUGACAAAAAAAACUCAGAAAGAUAUGGAGGUGAUGGGGGUUCAGCUCAUACGGUUACAUUUGUUAAAGAUGAGCACAUCAUCGGGAUUAAAGGAACUGUUGGAGUAUAUGAAGGCUACACAGUGAUUACGUCAUUGUCUUUCCUUAGCAACAAAAAUAACUAUGGGCCAUACGGCACAAACCAAGGGACUAGUUUCUCUUUGCCGGUGUCAAAGGGUAGCUUUGGUGGAUUUAGCGGAAACUAUGGGGCCUACAUCGACUCGUUUAGUGUCAUUCUUCAAUCCACUUCCCUUGGGAACAUAUUCAACUCAAACAUGGCAAGAAAUGGAAUACAUGUUGGACCAUGGGGAGGUAACGGUGGAGUUAAGCCCUGGACAUUCAUCCCCAACGGUAGGAUUUCCCAGAUCUGUAUCAGUGCCUCUGGGUGUGUAGAUUCUAUCAGGUUCACCUACAUAGAUCAUCAAGGUAUCCAAAAAUACUCAGAAAGAUAUGGAGGUGAUGGUGGUUCAGCUCAUAUGGUUACAUUUAUUGACGAUGAGCACUUCAUCGGGAUUACUGGAACUGUGGGAGUAUAUGAACGCUACACUGUGAUUAAGUCAUUGUCUUUCCUUACCAACAAAAUGAACUAUGGGCCAUACGGCACAAACCAAGGGACUAGUUUCUCAUUGCCAGUCGCUAAAGGUAGCUUUCGUGGAUUCAGCGGAAACUAUGGGGCAUACAUCGACUCUUUCAGUGUUAUUCUUCAAUCCUCUUCCCUUGACAACUUAUUUUGUUAG